AGUGUCAAUUUUUUUUUAUUGUUUCAACAAGUAAAUAAGUCAAUAUAAAUUAAUCAUUGCGUCCUUGAUAGUGGCUUUGAGAUUAGGAAAUAAUAAUUAAAUACAAAACAAACUCAAUUUUCUAAAAUAAAAAAAAAACAACAACAAUUUGAUAUUACUCAUAAAUUUAAAAAAAAAAAAAACAGAUGACAAAUUUUGACAGUCUAAAAUAACAAGGAUAAUAUUAACUGAAGUUUCACAAUCAUGAAAAUAAUUUUCAUGUGUUACUAAAUAUAAAAAAAUAUAUAAUUUAAAAAUAUUUCGAAAAAUGGAAACACCAACAUUUAGUGUUGUUGAAUUUUAUUACAAUGAAGUACCAGUUAAAAGAAAAUGUGGAUAUUGUAAAAGUACAAAUGGAAGUCAACGUGAUGGUAUGUGGGCUCACACAUUAACUGUACAAGAUUAUCAAAAUUUAAUUGAUCGAGGAUGGAGACGAAGUGGUUCUUAUUGUUAUAAACCAGCUAAUGAUCAAUCAUGCUGUCCACUUUACACCAUAAGAUGUGAAGCACUCAAUUUUACAGCAUCAAAAUCAAAUAAAAAAAUCAUUAAAAAAAUGACAAAAUUUUUAUUAAAAGAUGAUAAAACAAAUAAUAAAAUUAAUAAUAAAAAUUUGAAUGUCAUUAACAAUUGUGAUAUAAUUGAAUCUGAAUUUCAUGAGCAUAAAAAUAUAAUAAGUCAAAGAGAUGAUGAAAAAAAUAAUAUAUUUAAAAAUAUAAAUAUUAAAAAUGAUGAUGAUGAUAAUAAAUUGCUAUCAAACGAUAAACCAAGCUCAAGUGGAAUAAUUAAAAUUGAUAAUAAUACUCAAAUUAACAACAAUGAUCAAGAUAACAAUAAUAAAAAUAAUAAAAAAAUAUUUAAUCCAUUAAAAAAUGAUAAUUUAAUUAAAAAAGCUAAACUAAUACGUAUUGAACGUGCUAGAAAACGUUUAUUAUCAAAAGGCAAAAGUAUCGAAGAGAUUGAUGAAUUUUAUAGUAAAAAAAAACAGAAAAAUUCAUGUAAAAGUAUUGAGGAAUUAUUGGCAACUGUUGUUGGUAAUAAAAAUAAAUUAGAAUUAAAAUUAGUUCGUGUAUCAACUGAAGAAUUUAUGGAAACACUUGAUGAAAGUGUUGCAUUAUUUGAAAAAUAUCAAAUUGCUAUUCACAAUGAUCCUGAUGAUUGUGAUAAAAAUGCAUUUUUAAAUUUUUUGGGUAAAAGUCCAUUGCAGCAUUAUGCACCAGAAUCUGGACCACCACUUGGAUAUGGUUCAUUUCAUCAACAAUAUUGGCUCAAUGACAAACUCAUGGCUGUUGGAGUUAUUGAUAUACUGCCAAGUUGUAUUUCAAGUGUUUAUUUUUUUUACGAUCCAGAAUAUUCAUUUCUAUCACUUGGAACUUACAGUUCUUUUGUGGAAAUUAAAUUAGUAAGAGAGCUUAAUAAAACAGUACCAGAUUUAAAAUACUAUUACAUGGGUUAUUAUAUUCAUACAAUUCCAAAAAUGAAAUAUAAAGCUAAAAUGAAACCAUCAAGUUUAUUAUGUCCUGAGACUUAUAUUUGGUGUGAUAUUAAUCGCUGUUUAACAAAAUUAGAUCUUAAUAAAUACUCGAGAUUUAAUGAUGAUGAUAGUGUCAUUGAUGAAAAUGGACAGUUAAAUACCGAAGAUAUUAUGAAGGUACGCUGUUAUUAUGGCCGGAGAAGAUUUUAUGAAGACGUACAAACAAUUAGAAGAAUGACAUCAAGUGAAAUAAAUGAUAUUCAUGAAAUACGUGCAUAUGCCAAACUUGUUGGUAAAAAAUGUGCUCACAGUAUGUGUCUCUAUCUUGCACAAUAAGUAAAUUUAAUAUAAUUAUAAAAAAUACAAUACUAUUAGUGGGAUAAAUAAAUUAUCAAGUAAUUAUUUAAACAAUAAUUAUUUUCGUUACCUUGAAGAUGAUUAUAAAUAGUUUUUUUUUUUUUCUUAAAAAUAAAUUAGUAAUUGUGAAAAACCAGUGUUUAAUUUUUUUUAUUAUUGUUUAUUUACUUUUUUGUUUUUAAUUAUUUUCUAGGCAUAUAUAAGUGUUAAAAAGCCGAUGGUAUUUUAAUUGAUAAAAAAUGUAUUUUUUAUCAAUUGUAUCUAUUUCAAAAUAUGGCGAUUCAUAUUGUUUUAAAUCAGGUGUGUUUAUGUUUCCUGAAAUAAUAUAGAUAGAAUGGCCGUAUUAGAAUCAAAUUGAAGUUUGGAAGGAAUAAUACAACUGAGGAUACAGAAAAAAAAAUAAACAUAUAUCAGAAUAAUUUAUUUAAGUUGUUAUUUUAUAUUUAUAUAAACUUACAAAUUAUUUUAUUAAAUUUUUCAUGGGAAA